AAUGGACUGCUGAAUUAUGAAGUAUUUCAAGCCCAGUAGUAGAAGACCGUCACUCUGCCACUCACUCCUGUAUCUCCUGCUAGUUAUUUAAAUUGGACUUUUAAUAUCCUGCCAGCUGCUUUUCCGACACACAUGGUGCAUUGUUGCCAUUCCCGGGAUUGCAUCUUUGAAACACAGGCUGCUUGGAACCCUCAGCGAACAAAGAGGCGACCUCCCGGAUCCGGUCCUGGGAGGGAGGCGUCCUGACUGGCCUCUAGCCUUCGCCGGAUCUGGAUUUGAAUUUCACCAUGGAGCCUCGCAUGGAGUCCUGCCUGGCUCAGGUGCUGCAGAAGGAUGUGGGCAAACGGCUGCAGGUCGGCCAAGAACUGAUAGACUACUUCUCAGACAAGCAGAAGUCUGCUGACCUGGAGCAUGAUCAGACCAUGUUAGAUAAGCUUGUGGAUGGACUUGCUACCUCUUGGGUGAACUCUAGCAAUUACAAGGUGGUUCUUCUGGGCAUGGACAUCCUGUCCGCCUUGGUGACCCGGCUGCAGGAUCGGUUCAAGGCGCAGAUCGGCACAGUGCUGCCAAGUCUGAUAGACAGACUGGGGGACGCUAAAGACUCUGUGAGGGAGCAGGACCAGACGCUGCUGCUAAAGAUCAUGGAUCAAGCUGCUAACCCCCAGUACGUCUGGGACAGGAUGCUCGGAGGCUUCAAACACAAGAACUUCCGCACGCGGGAAGGCAUCUGUCUGUGCCUCGUUGCCACCCUUACUGCCUCUGGAGCGCAGACUCUAACACUAAGCAAGAUCGUGCCGCACAUAUGUAACUUACUUGGAGACCCAAACAGCCAGGUUCGAGAUGCAGCCAUAAACAGCUUAGUGGAAAUUUACAGACAUGUAGGAGAACGUGUGAGGGCAGAUCUCAGUAAAAAAGGAUUGCCACAGUCGCGGUUGAAUGUAAUUUUUACAAAGUUUGAUGAGGUUCAAAAAUCUGGAAACAUGAUACAAUCUGCAAAUGAUAAGAACUUCGACGAUGAAGACUCUGUAGAUGGUAACAGGCCCUCCUCUGCCAGCUCCACAUCAUCCAAGGCGCCGCCAGGCUCUCGGAGAAAUGUCGGCACGGCUCCCACGCGCAGACUGGGCUCCAAGUCGUCAGCUGCAAAAGAAGGUGCUGGUGCUGUUGACGAAGAAGACUUUAUUAAAGCAUUUGAUGAUGUGCCUGUUGUGCAGAUUUACUCCAGCCGAGACCUUGAGGAAUCCAUAAACAAAAUUAGGGAAAUCUUAUCUGAUGACAAGCAUGACUGGGAGCAGCGGGUGAAUGCUUUAAAAAAGAUCAGAUCUUUACUUUUGGCUGGUGCUGCUGAGUACGAUAACUUCUUUCAACAUUUGCGUCUUUUGGAUGGAGCGUUUAAGCUCUCUGCUAAGGACCUGCGGUCUCAGGUAGUGCGGGAGGCUUGUAUCACGCUGGGGCAUCUGUCGUCAGUUCUGGGGAACAAGUUUGAUCAUGGAGCUGAAGCCAUUAUGCCAACCAUCUUUAAUUUAAUUCCAAACAGUGCCAAAAUUAUGGCCACGUCUGGUGUUGUAGCUGUUAGGUUAAUCAUCCGGCAUACACAUAUCCCUAGGCUAAUACCUGUUAUAACAAGCAACUGUACCUCCAAGUCGGUUGCAGUCAGAAGGCGCUGUUUUGAAUUUUUAGACUUGCUUUUACAAGAGUGGCAGACACAUUCACUGGAAAGACAUAUAUCAGUGUUAGCAGAAACAAUCAAGAAGGGAAUCCACGAUGCUGAUUCUGAAGCCAGGAUAGAAGCCAGAAAAUGCUACUGGGGCUUCCACAGUCACUUCAGCAGAGAAGCCGAGCACUUGUACCACAGCCUGGAGUCCUCCUACCAGAAAGCCCUGCAGUCUCAUCUGAAGAAUUCCGACAGCAUCGUGUCCCUGCCUCAUUCUGACCGGUCCUCGUCCAGUUCCCAAGAGAGCCUCAACCGGCCACUGUCUGCCAAAAGAAGUCCAACAGGAAGCACCACAUCGAGAGCUUCCACAGUUAGCACCAAGUCUGUGUCGACCACGGGUUCCCUGCAGCGGUCGCGAAGUGACAUCGAUGUGAACGCGGCAGCCAGUGCCAAAUCCAAGGUUUCCUCGUCUUCAGGUGCCACUCCCUUCAGCUCAGCAGCGGCUUUGCCUCCAGGCUCCUAUGCCUCACUAGGUCGGAUCCGCACGAGACGGCAGAGCUCUGGCAGUGCCUCCAACGUCGCCUCCACGCCCUCUGACAGUCGGGGCCGCAGCCGCGCCAAAGUGGUGUCCCAGUCCCAGCGAUCCAGAUCUGCUAAUCCUGCUGGUGCUGGCAGCCGAUCGAGUUCCCCAGGCAAGUUGUUGGGAAGCAGUUAUGGUGGACUUGCUGGGGGUUCCUCAAGAGGCCUACCUGUGACAUCAUCUUCAGAGAAACGCAGCAAGAUUCCCAGGAGUCAGGGAUGCAGCCGGGAAACAAGCCCGAACCGCAUCGGAUUAGCACGGAGCAGCCGUAUCCCUCGACCCAGCAUGAGUCAGGGGUGCAGCCGCGAUACCAGCCGUGAGAGCAGCCGCGAUACAAGCCCUGCUCGGGGCUUUCCUCCACUCGACCGGUAUGGACUUGGCCAGACGGGAAGAAUGCCGGGCUCUGUGAGCGCCAUGCGCGUCCUGAGCACCAGCACAGACCUGGAAGCUGCGGUUGCCGACGCUCUGCUGUUAGGAGACUCCAGGAGCAAGAAGAAGCCGGUGAGGAGGAGAUACGAGCCAUACGGGAUGUAUUCUGAUGACGAUGCCAACAGUGACGCCUCAAGUGUUUGCUCCGAGCGCUCCUACGGCUCCAGGAAUGGCGGCAUCCCCCAUUAUCUGCGGCAGACCGAGGAUGUGGCCGAGGUUCUCAACCACUGUGCUAGCUCAAACUGGUCUGAGAGGAAAGAGGGACUUCUGGGCCUGCAGAACCUCCUGAAGAGCCAGAGGACGCUGAGUCGAGUAGAGUUGAAAAGACUAUGUGAAAUCUUCACCCGGAUGUUUGCUGACCCUCACAGCAAGAUGGCUGAUUCAGAAGCAGAGUGUGAGGAGAAAGAAGGAAAUUUGUUUCCAUCAGAAGUCUCUUGUACAGUUUUCAGUAUGUUUUUGGAGACUUUAGUGGAUUUUAUAAUAAUUCAUAAGGAUGACUUGCAAGACUGGCUUUUUGUUCUUCUCACACAACUACUUAAGAAGAUGGGAGCAGAUUUGCUGGGGUCCGUACAAGCCAAAGUGCAGAAGGCUCUAGACGUGACGAGGGAUUCCUUUCCAUUUGAUCAACAAUUUAACAUUUUGAUGCGAUUUAUUGUGGAUCAAACUCAAACUCCAAACCUCAAGGUCAAAGUUGCAAUCCUGAAAUACAUUGAGUCUCUGGCCAGACAGAUGGAUCCAACAGAUUUCAUCAACUCCAGCGAGACAAGGCUGGCUGUUUCUAGGAUCAUCACCUGGACAACAGAACCAAAGAGUUCAGACGUGAGAAAGGCCGCACAAAUUGUGCUCAUCUCUCUGUUUGAAUUGAACACUCCUGAAUUUACUAUGUUACUUGGUGCCUUGCCAAAAACAUUCCAGGAUGGUGCCACCAAACUCCUGCAUAACCACCUCAAGAAUUCCAGCAACACCAGUGUGGGCUCUCCAAGCAAUACAAUGGGCCGCACGCCCUCCCGGCACCCCAGCAGCAGGACCAGCCCCCUGACCUCACCCACAAACUGCUCCCACGGAGGACUGUCUCCAAGUCGGUUAUGGGGUUGGAGUGCCGAUGGGCUCUCGAAGCACCCACCUCCCUUUUCUCAGCCUAACUCCAUUCCCACCGCUCCCUCCCACAAGACUCUCAGGCGCCCUUACUCUCCCAGCAUGCUGGACUACGACACAGAGAACCUGAACUCUGAAGAAAUCUAUAGUUCUCUGCGUGGAGUCACAGAAGCCAUCGAAAAGUUCAGUUUCCGAAGCCAAGAGGAUCUGAAUGAGCCUAUUAAACGGGACGGUAGAAAAGACUGUGACAGUGUGUCCCGCGAUGGUGGAGCUGCGUCUCCUGCCACUGAAGGCCGGGGAGGCGGAGAAGUAGAAGGAGGCAGGACAGCUCUGGAUAACAAGACCUCGCUCCUCAACACCCAGCCUCCACGCGCCUUUCCUGGGCCACGUGCACGAGACUACAAUCCUUUCCCCUACUCUGACACCAUCAACACCUAUGACAAGACAGCGCUAAAGGAGGCUGUGUUUGACGAUGACAUGGAGCAGCUUCGAGAUGUGCCCAUCGACCAUUCCGACCUAGUGGCCGACCUUCUGAAAGAGCUGUCGAACCACAAUGAGCGCGUGGAGGAGCGCAAGGGCGCCCUGCUGGAGCUGCUCAAGAUCACACGGGAGGACAGCUUGGGCGUGUGGGAGGAGCACUUCAAGACCAUCCUGCUGCUGCUCCUGGAGACACUGGGUGACAAAGACCAUUCCAUCCGCGCACUAGCGCUCAGAGUUCUGAGAGAAAUCCUGAGAAACCAGCCAGCAAGAUUCAAAAACUACGCUGAGCUAACAAUCAUGAAGACUCUGGAAGCCCACAAAGACUCCCAUAAAGAGGUGGUGAGAGCCGCUGAGGAGGCCGCGUCCACAUUGGCCAGUUCCAUCCACCCCGAGCAGUGCAUCAAGGUGCUCUGUCCCAUCAUCCAGACGGCCGACUACCCCAUCAACCUGGCCGCCAUCAAGAUGCAGACCAAAGUGGUGGAGAGGAUCGCCAAGGAGUCCCUGCUGCAGCUGCUGGCCGACAUCAUCCCGGGCCUGCUGCAGGGUUAUGACAACACGGAGAGCAGCGUCCGCAAGGCCAGUGUGUUUUGCUUAGUGGCGAUUUAUUCCGUAAUCGGAGAAGACCUGAAGCCUCACCUGGCACAGCUCACGGGGAGCAAGAUGAAGUUGCUCAACUUGUACAUAAAGCGAGCCCAGACCACCAACAGCAACAGCAGCUCCUCCUCGGACGUGUCCACACACAGCUAAUGGCGGUACCCACACACAGCUGGUGCCUCGGAGACCUCUCCCCGCCCCUCCCUGGCUGCCCAGGCCGCACAAGGAGGCCCGCCGAUAUUUAUUACAAUCAGUAUUUUGGUCCCUUCCA